UCGUUGGGCCUUCUGUGACCCAUGACCCUUUGAGGAAGUGGCGUGUGACCCUCCCUCCGCUUUCAAAGCAGAAGGCCCCUCAAGUCGUUUAUUCAAAUACUUUAUUUUUAAAUCAUACCCUGUGUGUAUAUAAAAAAUAUACAUGCAUUGCUGUAAAAGUGGUUGCCUCUUUAUGGUAAUACAGGCUCGUAUUUGACUGAAGACAACCAAGCAAAGACAUUAUAUAACAUUGCGUGCAAACGCAAUCGGCGUUCAAACACUGUGUGUGUGUUGCGUACAACUAUGAGCGAGGCUUGCGAAUCGAACAGAACUGCCGAGGAACCAGGAGCCCCUGCACAGAUGCCUGACGAUCCUGGGGGAGCAAAGGGCCACCCUGUGGAUGUGGUGGGUGAUGGCCAGUCCACUCUGCUGGCACAUUCGCCGUGUUCGGUGAUAUUACCAGUGCAUAAUGCAGCUUGCUGGCUCGAUGAUUGUCUGCAAGGACUAAUGGCCCAGGACUUUGAAGGAAGCAUGGAGCUCUCCGCAUUUGAUGAUGCCAGCACGGACAGCUCUCUGUGUAUUUUGGAAAGCUGGCGUGAAAAGCUAAAAAAGAGAGGCAUAUUGGUGCUGGUCAGAGGCCAUAAAUCUUCCCAACCAAAGGGCGUGGGAUUUUCCAAGAACCAGGCCAUUGCACAGAGUUCGGGCUGUCAUCUGUGCUUUCAGGAUGCAGAUGACGUCAUGAUGCCAGAAAGGAUAAGACUCCAGUACGAGGCUGCUCAAAAUCACCCCGGGGCAGUGAUAGGCUGCCAAGUAAGGAGGGAGCCAGAAGACUCGACAGAGCGGUACACGCGGUGGAUUAAUGGCCUCUCUCAAGAACAGCUGCUCACUCAGGCAUUCACCUCACAUGGCCCAACCGUUAUCAUGCCCACUUGGUUCUGUCACAGAGACCUCUUCAAUGCCAUCGGAAAUUUUGACGAAGGGGGGAAGGGCGUUCCCGAGGACCUGCUGUUUUUCUACCAGCUCCUCCGCCUCGGGAACCGACCCCUUCGCGUGGACCAGUGCCUGCUCACGUACCGUUACCACCGGACGGCCGCCACCCACUCGGUCCUCGAGGGCACCAUAUGGGAUCUGCGUGUGCGCUUCCUGGAGGAGCGUGUGCUGGCGCAGUGGCAACGUUUCACCAUUUGGAAUGCGGGCAAGCAGGGCAGGAAGCUGUACAGGAGCCUCGGCGUCCACAGCCGGCACAAGGUGGAGGCAUUUUGUGAUGUGGACAUUAAGAAAAUAAAGAAAGGGUUUUAUACAUAUGAAGAAUCACAGGAACUCAAGAAACCAAUUAUUCCAAUAAAGCAUUUUUCAGCAGCAACUCCACCAUUCAUAAUCUGCGUGAAAAUGGAUCUCACAAGUGGGUUGUUUGAGAAAAACUUGGAGUCAUUACAUUUGACCGAAGGAGUCCAUUUCUACCACUUCAAUUGAAUUAAAAUGGAACCUCAUCAAGAUCUUUAUAGCGAGUAUACAUCAUGUCAAACACAAAAUCACGCUGCUCUGAUUAUUUGUGACUUUUCUUUCUUUGUAUACCAAGAGUAUGUUUUCCAUUACCACUUGCAUGUUAGAUGCUAUUUAAUCACCACAGUACAACAUUUGUUAUACUUCGAUUAUUUGUUACAGUCCAUUUUUGCUUGACAAUUAAUUCUCCAUUGUUUAGUCUAUUUGGUGAGCGCUUAGUAACAUGUGAGCAAUGCUUUGUUUUCUCGUGGGUGCAAGCCACGACUUGACAUGGAUGCUAAUGCACACGUGACAUGUUUGAAUUAAAAAUGUUGACCACUACAAAAAGCUGUGGAAUACCCCAUGGACUUUGUAAGGCGAGCAAAUGUUUCUCAUUUCUGAAUUUUCAUCCUGCCUAAUCCUUGUGCAAAAUACUGGAGUAAGGUUUCGAGAUCUUGGCAUGAAGACCUCAAUCCCUGAGCGAUGGCAGGAUUCUAAUAAAGAAGGAUUUUCUUAACUUCAAUGAAUGCUAAGCUUCUUAACGCGAUGAUACAAUUUCUGCCCCGCGACCUCUCUUUCAUGACAGAUUGUGCAGCCCAAAUGAGAUCCGUCAGGUGGAAACCGGAACGUCACCCAACAUGAGGUGCGGUCAGCACAAUUGGUGCCAGUGUCUUGGUAAUGUUCAGGCCUCGGGAAGCGGUCUUCCGUCCUUGUUUUCCUGAAGCGACGUCCUUUGUGUAGCUUUAAGGAAGUUCCCCCUGCCCCGUGGGUCACUCAUUCACACCAGCGGAGAUCACGGUUGCCCACUGAGCCGCCCCCAAACCAAGCCCAACGAAACCCGUCUUGUUAAACAGGCUUUUAAUGCUCCACGUGCGUGUGUCCACUCAGUGGCCUGUAACGUUAUCCCUUUUAAGGAACAAAGUGCAACAUGAGUGUUGAUGAACCAUGAAACGGUGACUUUAAAGGCAUAUUAUACUCAUAUCAAUGUCUUUCUGUCCUCGCAAAACGUGAGAACAGUGGCGCAUGCAUGUGGUCCUGCACUUUGGAGGUAGGGUUGGUGGAUCAUACCGGUGUUUAUUAUGUUUACGGAACACCCACCAGCAGGACUGGAGAUGCCUGUUUGAAGGCAGUCCAGAAAACAGAUUGUUGACUUAUUUAUCAACGAUACUUUUUCGAGUGUACAUUUUUCUUCAGUGAAUUUUGUACCUUUUUAUUUUACUCACAUGUACUCACAUAUUUGCCACAUGCAACAUUGUUUUAAAGAAUGACAAGUUUACAAUAAAAAAGUCACCAUUCACCCGACUAAAAGUGUUUUUAUACUCAUUGAAGCUUUCCUGGACAAAUUCAAUGUAAGGAUUUUUUUUGUUUAACAAUCCACUGUUGGAUGAAGGCCUCAUCUCAUGUUUGUAGUGAUUGACCAUACUUCACCAUGCAAGUCAGCGCAGGUUGGUGAUUAUUAACAAUCAUUGCAUAGCUGAAAUGGGCAUGUCGAAUAGUAACAUUAUUUAUUUAAGUUAUUUUUACUUUCGUAAAAAUGUAUUGAGAACUAUGAACAGCAUCUUGCAUCGUGAUUAUAUUUGUUUAACGCAGUAAAAAUAUCAGAUUCCAAAGAUUCUACAAAAGUGUGACUGAACCGCCAUAUUUUAAAGCAUAUUUUUUUUUCUAUCAACAUGCUACCCUUAGCUUUGUUGUCAAGCGAAUGAUCGGGCAUUCAUUAUUAUUUCAAGCACAGCCGGGUUUUAGUGAAGCAGUGUGGCACCGCGUUGCAUGCAUUCGACAGCAAAUCCUUGCUCGUGCACGGGUGCCAUUAACCCCAUCCAGCCCAUUUGCCACGGACCUCCCCUGUGGAGCCCUGUGAUGGAUGUGCAUUCAUUCAGGGAGGACACCUGUGGUUCCAAAUGAGUGUAUAGGCAGAUUGAUUUGGAUACAAUAACCUCCGCCCGCCUCCUUUGUUCAGAGGGAAUAAACGAAGGCGAGGCUCGUCGGGUUUGUAACCCGUGUCAAAUAAGUAAGGUGUAACGAUUCAUUAUUCAUCAUCGUUAUCAACAACAACAACAACGCCGCCAUCGCCUACUGUGAGGACAGUUAACUAUUGCCAUACAAAAGCUUUGGUCGAAAUGAAUUGUGCACUACUUGACACAGGUAUUCUGCUUUUCCGCAACUGGCAUUCAACAACGGUGAACCUAGAAAUGCAGUGUGUAGUGAGUGAUUGUUUAUAGAUAUGUAUUUGGUCCCGGUGCCUGUAAAAUGACCGUCCCUUGUGAUCAAGGUUUUGCAGUUUAAUGACUGCUGAUUAUCAGGCAGUGUGCACGCUUGAUAAUAUUUACACUGCGUUUCAGAGGGUUCGAUUACAUCUCGCGCCUCCUGGUCUUGGCCAAUUUAAUUAUCUAAAAUACGAGGUAAUUCAAGCACCGCAAUAUCAUAAAUCUAUCGGAAACAUGUACAGUACAAAUCAAAUAAUCACUGCAUUUAGAAGGUGCGCCACUCUUAUCGGGCGAUGCUGUCAAAAAGUCGCGCUCCCUAAAUGAGUGUAUCGGGUAAUUUGCAAAUAAAUUUUAAACGACAAGUUUGAACCAUGAUGCCACUAACGCCUGGCUUGCUCUCAAAUAAGUCGUGUCACGGAACCUUUAAUGUCCGCUGUGAAGCAGACUGCGCAUUCGUCGUUGGUCCACCCGCAGCAUUAACCAGGGCAGCCGCUGAGUUCCAAUCGCGAACCCACUGCAAUAAGCGGCAAACGCGUGACCGCAAUCAGAGUGCGUUGCUUGGAGAUCACACAUCUGGGACAUUAAAACAGAGGGGAGACGUGAUAUGGAGUGGAGUUAUCACAAGUACAUUAAAACAGAGGGUAGACGUGAUAUGGAGUGGAGUUAUCACACAUAAGGUACAUUUAAACAGAGGGUAGACGUGAUAUGGAGUGGAGUUAUCACACAACAGGGACAUUAAAACAGAGGGGAGACGUGAUAUGGAGUGGAGUUAUCACUCAUCAGGUAAAUUAAAACAGAGGGUAGACGUGAUAUGGAGUGGAGUUAUCACACAACAGGGACAUUAAAACAGAGGGUAGACGUGAUAUGGAGUGGAGUUAUCACACAACAGGGACAUUAAAACAGGGGGUAGACGUGAUAUGGAGUGGAGUUAUCACACAACAGGUACAUUAAAACAGGGGGUAGACGUGAUAUGGAGUGGAGUUAUCACAAGUACAUUAAAACAGAGGGUAGACGUGAUAUGGAGUGGAGUUAUCACACAACAGGAUCAUUAAAACAGGGGGUAGACGUGAUAUGGAGUGGAGUUAUCACACAUCAGGUACAUUAAAACAGGGGGUAGACGUGAUAUGGAGUGGAGUUAUCACAAGUACAUUAAAACAGGGUAGACGUGACAUGGAGUGGAGUUAUCACACAACAGGAUCAUUAAAACAGAGGGUAGACGUGAUAUGGAGUGGAGUUAUCACACAUCAGGUAGAUUAAAACAGGGGGUAAACGUGAUAUGGAGUGGAGUUAUCACACAACAGGGACAUUAAAACAGAGGGAAGACGUGAUAUGGAGUGGAGUUAUCACACAACAGGUACAUUAAAACAGAGGGUAGAUGUGAUAUGGAGUGGAGUUAUCACACAACAGGUACAUUAAAACAGAGGGUAGACGUGAUAUGGAGUGGAGUUAGUCUCUCAAACUUCAUAUCUUGUAACGAUAAAUCUUGUGCACAACUUAUAAAUGCUCGCAUUUUGUAUAUAGUGCCAUCUGCUGGCCCUUCGGAGUUUUCGCGUAAUUCAUGAUUAUGUGUUAAGAGCGAAAACUCACUCUAGUACAUUAUUGGAAAUCGUAAUACUUUAAGUGCGGAUAUUGUGAGCGAGUCUUAUUUGGGUGUCACUUGAAUCUCCUAAUAAAAUCCUCUACCCCUUUG